UGGGGCCCCUCCCCGCCCCCACCGCCACCCUGCUCGGCUGGCUGCUUAGUUCUAAAAUGAGAAGUAGAGUGAGUUCCCCCAAGGGGUCGGCCGCGCCCCUUCCUGUCCCCGCCCUGUCGGCUGCCCCAGGCCAGUACAGUGGCAGGCCCCAGCACCAGGACCCCGCUGCCUGCCCGGGUGGGGAGGAGGCCUGGCACUGAGCCUCUGAGCUGGAGGCUGGACCUCACCUGCUGGGACUAGCCUGCAGCGCCACAUCCCUGUGCCCCUUCCUCCCCGGGAGCCCCCAGGAUGGUGAGAUGGUUCCACCGAGACCUUGGAGGACUGGACGCCGAGGCCCUGCUCAAGAGCCGUGGCGUCCACGGGAGCUUCCUGGCACGGCCCAGUCGCAAGAACCAGGGAGACUUCUCCCUGUCUGUCAGGGUGAAGGAUCAGGUGACCCACAUUCGGAUCCAGAACUCGGGGGACUUCUACGACCUGUACGGAGGGGAGAAGUUUGCGACGCUGACAGAGCUGGUGGAGUUCUACACUAAGCAGCAGGGCGUCCUGCAGGACCGCGAUGGCACCACCAUCCACCUCAAGUACCCGCUCAACUGCUCCGACCCGACCAGUGAGAGGUGGUACCACGGCCAUAUGUCUGGGGGGCAAGCAGAGACGCUACUGCAGGCCAAGGGCGAGCCCUGGACGUUUCUCGUGCGCGAGAGCCUCAGCCAGCCUGGGGACUUUGUGCUGUCCGUGCUCAGUGACCAGCCCAAGGCCGGCCCAGGGCCCCCUCUCAAGGUCACUCACAUCAAGGUCAUGUGUGAGGGCGGACGGUACACGGUGGGAGGGCCCGAGAACUUCGACAGCCUCACGGACCUGGUGGAGCAUUUCAAGAAGACAGGCAUCGAGGAGGCCUCCGGGGCGUUUGUGUACCUGCGGCAGCCUUACUACGCCACGCGGGUGAACGCGGCCGACAUUGAGAACCGCGUCUUGGAGCUCAACAAGAAGAAGGAAUCCGAGGAGACGGCCAAGGCGGGCUUCUGGGAGGAGUUCGAGAGUCUGCAGAAGCACGAGGUGAAGAACCUGCACGAGCGACAGGAGGGCCAGCGGCCCGAGAACAAGAGCAAGAACCGAUACAAGAACAUCCUUCCUUUCGAUCACAGCCGAGUCAUCCUACAGGGACGCGACAGGAACACCCCUGGGUCUGACUACAUCAACGCCAACUACAUCAAGAACCAGCUGCUGGGCUCCGACGAGAACGCUAAGGUCUACAUCGCCAGCCAGGGCUGCCUGGACGCCACUGUCAGUGACUUCUGGCAGAUGACGUGGCAGGAGAACACCCGGGUCAUCGUCAUGACCACGCGGGAGGUGGAGAAAGGCCGGAACAAGUGUGUCCCUUACUGGCCGGAGGUGGGCAUGCAGCGUGCUUAUGGGCUCUAUUCCGUGACCAACUGCAGGGAGCACGACGCAGCCGAGUACAAGCUCCGGACCCUGCAGGUCUCCCCGCUGGACAAUGGAGACCUGGUUCGGGAGAUCUGGCAUUACCAGUACCUGAGCUGGCCUGACCACGGGGUUCCCAGUGAGCCCGGGGGGGUCCUGAGCUUUCUAGACCAGAUCAAUCAGCGUCAGGAGAGCCUGCCCAGCGCAGGGCCUAUCAUCGUGCACUGCAGCGCGGGCAUCGGGCGCACGGGCACCAUCAUCGUCAUUGACAUGCUCAUG